AUGAAGUUCUUCGCCCCCAUCGUCCUCCUCGCCGCCGGCGCCAUCGCCGCCCCGAGCCCCAGCGAGCUUUGCGAGCGCGAGCUGAGCACCGUCAACACCAUCAUGACCACCGUCCUCAACGGCAUCCAGAGCCUCGACGGCUCCAUUUGCGCUUACUCGGGCGGUCCGGGCAAGGAGCUCGAGGACGCUUCUGCCACCAUGCUCACCAUCAUCCGCACCGCCACUUACAACGCCGCCGCCAUGCUGCCCCUGACCAUGGACGAGGCCAUCGCCUUCCAGCCUCUGUCCGACCAGCUCAACGCCGCCGGUGACAAGCUGCUCGUCGACCUCAGCGACAAGGUCCCGCUCUUCGCCAAGAGCGGCGCCUGCGACAGCACCCUCACCUGGGUUGCCCAAGUCGGCGGCAACGUCAACACCCUCAUGACCACCAUCUCCACCAAGUUCCCUGCCGGCGGCAAGGGCGGCGACGAGAUCAAGCACUUUAACGGCAUCUUCGCCGAGAUGCAGGAUAAGCUUGCCACCUGCUCCACGGGCGGCAAGGGCUCCGGCUCUGGCUCCGGCUCCGGCUCCGGCUCCGGCACCAAGAUCGUCGAUGGCAACGGCACCCAGGGCAACGGCACCCGGGGCGGCUCGCCCACUUCCACCAUCCGCCCCGUCGUCACCGCCGGCGCUGCCCUCAUGACCAUCUCCGGAGCUGGCCUGGCCGCUGCUGUUGCCGCCUUCAUCCUCUAA